AUGAAUCAGUUUCAUUGUUGCUUAUGGGAAGCAACGAUAAAAGCUGUUUGCAGUCGUUCGGUUUGUCACUACAAAAGGUUCCUUGCAAGUUUCAGUGCUAGUAUUAACAGACUUGUUUUGGUGGGUUGCGAAUAUGGCGAUGUAUACGACUCCAAAUACAAGGUCUCAGGCAAGUUAGGCUUUGGCACCACGUCCACAAUGUGGCUAGCUCGUAACCUCCGUGAGCACGUGCAUGUGGCACUCAAGCAAGGCAAACCGUUCACAUCUCGGUUAACGCCCUGCCGUCAUGUGCGCACACCCUUGGACACGUUCAUACUCAAAUACCCCAGCCGUAACCACCGCAGUCUUGUUCAAAAACCAAUGUGGGAUAGCUGGAGAGCUUUGCUAUACCACAACCCAAGCAAUCGAUCUACAGAGCCUCUUUUGAAAGCGGACCUGAAACACAUCCUUUUAACUCUUGACUAUCUACAUACUGAGUGUAAGCUCGUCCAUACAGAUAUAAAGGCCGACAACAUCCUGCAAGAGAUUGUUGAUGAGAGCAUGAUUGACGUAUUCACCAACGAGGAGAUGGAAGCGCCUUCGACACGUAAAAUCAUGGACGAGACGCCAAUAUACAUGACUCGACGCUUUCAGUUGCCGAAUAUUUUUGGUGGUGUGGUGCUGAGCGACUUUGCUUCCGCCGCAACUGAAUGGAGCUACCAAUUUAAUAUAUGGAAUGUCGGAGCCAUGAUAUGGGAACUAUGGCAAGGGUACUCGACGCGAGCUCAUCUUGCCGACGUGAUUGGCUUGCUUGGGCCACCGCCAGUAGAUGUGUUCCAGAGCGGUUUAAGGAGUAGGGAGUUCUUCACAGAAAGGAAAGCUGAGGUGCCCAUACCGCAAGGCACAUGUUUGGGACAGUCAAAAGAAUACCUUGAGGGUGAGAAUAAGAAUACAUUUCUUGCCUUCGUUGGCUCUAUGUUGCAAUGGGGGCCAAAAGACCGGCAGAGUACGAAACAACUUCUCCAAGACCCGGGCUCAAUAGCAUAA